AUGUAUGGCCAGACCAACUGCUUUGUACUCCCCACUGCGGAGUAUGGUGUCUUCCAAAUGAACAAUGGAGAGGCCUUUAUUUGCAGCUAUAGGUCAGCAUUGAACAUGGUUAUGCAGGAGCUUGGACCGAAGACCAAGAAUGAGGAUGGGGAGGACUGUCCUGUACAGCUGAGUACUGUGAAGGGUUCCGACCUCCUUGGUACACCCUUGAGUGCCCCUCUUGCGAAGUACUCGACUGUAUAUGCCCUUCCUCUGCUGACCAUCAGCAUGGGCAAGGGUACCGGUAUUGUGACAUCUGUCCCUGCUGAUGCUCCCGACGACUAUGCGGCUCUAAAGGACUGGAAGACUCGACAGAACUGGCGUGAUCAGUACGGAGUAAAGGAGGAGUGGUGUGUGCCCUUUGAGGUUGUACCUAUUAUUCGUAUUGAGGACAUGCCAGAGUGGGGUGACGAGGCUGCUGCGUAUUUGUGCGAGUCUAUGAAGAUCGACUCCCACAAGCAGAAGGACAAGCUUACUGAGGCUAAGAAGCUGUGCUAUAAUAAGGGCUUCUAUCAGGGAAAGAUGAUUAUCGGUCCCUAUGCUGGCAAAACAGUGCAAGAGGCCAAGCCCCUAGUGCGUAAGGAUCUCAUUGAUGCCGGUUUGGCCAUCAAGUACUACGAGCCGGAGGGACUUGUAGUGAGCAGGUAG